GUACCAGAGGUUCCUACAUGGGAGCAAAUACCAGAGGACCAGCUUCCUCCGCCUACCCAUAUCCCUGCUGAUCUGGUGGACAAACUGGAGCGACUGGCCUUGGUGGAUUUUCGCACCAAACAGGGCCUGGCCUGUUUGGAGAAGGCUAUACGAUUUGCAGAUCAGCUUCACGUUCUUGACACGUCAGGGGUUGAACCGAUGGAUUCAGUUCUGGAGGACAGGUAUGGUACGGACAGUUAAUGUGAAACACUGACGUCUGCAUGCAGGCUUUUUUCUCCCAGUUAUAUCCAAAUAGAGUUAUAUAUGUGAAAAGCCGGUGUUACUGAUGCGAUUAUGUUUUGUCCAUCCACAUUCAGGGCAUUGAAACUGAGGGAUGAUGCCGUAACGGAAGGAGAUUGUGCUGAAGAACUGCUUCAGCUCUCCAAAAACACAAUUGAAGAAUAUUUUGUGGCACCACCAGGAAAUAUCCCUCUUCCAAAGAGGGAGGAGAGGGCCACCAUGCUGAAACAGUCCGAGUUAUAAAGUGUAUCUUUGGUCUAAACUAAAAACAUCUGCAUUCAUUUAGAUUUGUUAUUUUUCAAUUUCAUUUGACUGUUUUGACAUUAUUGAUAAAUCCUGUUUUAGUUUCAGUAUCAUUUUAUUAAAAAGUUUAGUGAGGAGGGAGAUAGACUGCAAUCGCAGUGCAUUGUUUCAAUUAGGGAUUUACAUUAUGAUCUCAACAGUGUGUCCUAUUUUCAUUCUAGUAUUAUUUAACUUGAAUAAAAAACAAAAAUAAUACUUCAUUCCUACCGUUCUUUGUUUCUGUUUUGUUUUCCAAACCAAAUGUGAUAUCAUAUCUGUGUCAUGAAAUAGAUCAUGACGUGUCGGCCAGGUAUCGGGUGUGACCUGUAAACUCGUCAUACACCUCAAGGCUUUCACGUGACGAAAACAAUACAACAGCAGAGUCAUGUUGGGAGAAUAGAAACCGAAAGUUGUAGAGGCAUGAAAAGGGAAAACGAAUCUUAACUAAAGGGGAGGGUGUCGAUCAGCUGAGGCAGACUAUAUAAACAGAGGAGACAGCUGCUCGAGCACAUCGUUGUUUCUCCCUCAACUCGGACUGCAGCUCUCCACAGGAAUCUGAUAAAGUUUUUACAAGAUCUCUCCCACGAUGGAUUUAACCAUCGUUAUGCUGAACGGGACAUCCCACAACAUGCAUGUGGACCACCAGGACACGGUGGGCUCUCUGAAAAAACAAAUCCAGCAGAAACUGGGAGUCGCCUACGAGACCCAGAAGCUGGUCUUCACAAACGGCACCAGCACCCACCUCAACGACAACUCGAAGCCCAUCAGCCACUACGGCUUGGGCCCCGGGGCCCGGGUGUCCCUCCUGGUGACGCAGCCUGAGACCAUCCAGGUGUUCCUCAAAAACGAAAAGGGGAAGUUGACCACCUAUGACAUCGGACCCAGCGAGACCGUGGGCUACUUCAAGAGCCGGGUGAAGGCCCGAGAGGGGGUCCCGAAGAACCAGCAGAGGCUCAUCCACCAGGGCCGAGAGAUGUCACAGGACCAGAGUAAACUGUCCGACUACGGCGUCCAGGCGACGAGCACCAUCGACCUGUCUUUCCGCCUGAGAGGUUGAGGACACUUGUGGUUCAUUUGUUUCCAGUUCGUUUUCUGAACAUUCCUCCAUUGGAUUUAAAUUAAACAUUUAACUUUGAAUUCCUCUUCUUUAUUAUUUAUUUGUAUUUUCUUUUGAAAACCCAUUGCAUUCCUCAAUGCUGUAUUCUGUAGCAUCUCAGGCAGUUGUUUAGGCUUUAUUUGUUAUUGAGCAGUUCAAAUAUAUUAUUCAGACAGCAUUAUGAUUACUGGACACUGUUAAAAACUAAUAAAAGUGACUUUCAAUUACCAAA